AUGACGUCUACAUCGUCUUCACCGGUUUUAAUCGCCGGGUCAGGCCCAUGCGGCCUCGCACUGGCACUGACUCUCGCAAAGAAUGGAGUCAAAGUGCGAGUUAUUGAGAAGGACUCAGAAUUCCACCUUGGGCAGCGUGGGGCUGGGAUUCAGCCUAGGACUCUCGAGGUCUACAAUCUCCUAGGCGUGUUACCCGACGUCUAUGCUCGAGGGUUGUCUGGGAGGAAGAUGUGCUUUUAUAAGCUCCCUGGAGGCGUUGAGCCUCUCAAGAAGUUCUACAUGUAUCCGCCAGAGGAACCUACUCCUUCCGUACCAUUCAUCAAUCUGUGGGGGCUCGGGCAGUUUCUGGCCGAGGAGAUCCUACGCACCCAUUUGAAGAGAUACGGAUGUGAAGUUGAGCUCAGCACUGAGCUGAUGAGCUUUGAACAGCACGACGAUCACGUCACUGCUCAUAUCGAGCUGAUGGGGCCAAAGGUGAUGAUUUUCGCGUUUCCAUACGACCUGCGCGUGAUGAGAGGACCUGCCACAGGUAUUGUCAGGAAGCAAUUGGGUUACACAUUUCAGGGUGAAACACUGUCGCGGCAGCUUGUGUUCGGUGAGAUCGAGAUGAAGGGCCUCAGCCCAGAUGUCUACCACUUUUGGGGAGACAUGUCCACAAUCUUUGUGAUGCUGCGUUGUGUCGAGACGAAAGAUCUAUCCAGCUUCAUAAUAGGAGGAAAUGUGGACUAUGAGCGAAUCUUCACCGAUUACGAUGCACUCAUUCAAUGCAUGCGGGACGGGACGCAUAGGAACGACAUCGAGUUUGGGAAGAUAGUAUGGAAAUCGGAUUGGAGGGCCAACGUCCGCAUGGUAGACAAGUUUGGUGAAGGACGUGUUUUCCUCGCAGGAGAUGCUGCCCAUAUCCACAGUUUCACUGGAGGACAGGGAAUGAACAGCAGCGUGCAAGAUGCAUUCAACCUCGGCUGGAAGCUUGCCCUCGUCGAGAAGGGGCUUGCUUCUGCGUCUCUCCUCUCCACAUAUACAGAGGAACGCGUCCCUGUGAUUCGUCACAUGCUCGGCGAGACGACAAAAUUGUACCACAAUACAAUGUCAGCAACUCACGAGGCUAAGGGAGCGGAAGAUGCAUGGACGCGGGGGUCUCAAUUGAAGCAGCUCGGUGUGAAUUACCGUUGGAGCUCCAUCAUUGUGGAUGAACGCAAUCCUCACAAGACUGGAGAAGACUGCGAGCCGCUGGAUGCUUAUGGUGUGGACGGAGGCACCGGGCUCAGAGCCGGAGAUAGAGCUCCCGAUGCUCCUAGUCUGGUGCCCGUGAAUGCAGGCGCCGACGCCAAGUUGACCUCUCUUUUCCGCACGUUCGGAUCGACUUACCACACCAUCCUCUUCUUUACUCCUGAUCCCUUGAACAUUGUGCUUGCGCUGGAGUCACUGAAGGCCUACCCUGCGGAAUUGAUCCUCUCGGCGAUCGUGUAUCCCAAGGGCACAUGCAACACCUUGGACGUGGAUGGUGUGGAUAAAUGCUUUGUUGACGGGCGGGCCCAUGCCUCAACAGCUUAUGGUAUAUCGGCGCUGGAGACAAUGAUUGUUAUUGUUAGACCUGACGGUGUUAUUGGCGGAAUUGUGCGUGGGGCGGAUGGUGUGAACAAAUACUUCCGAGCACUGCCUCGGAACACCCGAUCAGUGAGCUGCCUUUCUGGCCCCAACGUCGACGUUUGGACAAGGAUGAGCAUGGACAAUGCUCCUCAGCGACCCCUUUGGAUCCCACAUCCCCCUGCGGUGGCGAAUCCGCUCUCGGCGCGAUGCGUCUCGGGGGCGUUCCUCCGACAGCGGGGCUCCGUCGCAUCUCUUGUGGAUGCAUCGGCGCGCUUGCUGAAAAUACACGACGGCAAGGGCUUUGUGCAACGUGAUGAUCCGAAAAUCGUCGGUAGCGAAGAUGUCAGCGAACGAGAUGGACCAGAUGAGCCUAACCAAGGACGAGCAGGUGUGCUUCCACUGCAAGGUGAGCGACCUCCACCUCCUUAG